AUGGAAAAUGAUUCAGAAAUACAAAUAGCUUUAAAUGACUCAACAAAUACUGGUCCUGCAAGUCUUUUAUCAGGUGAUUCAAGUAUAUUUACAAAUCCAUCAUCAUCAUCAUCUGAUUCCAUAUCUGAAGAACUUUAUACAAAACAAUUAACAGAUCAUGUACAUGAACUUAAAGCAGAAUUACAGACACGUUGUCAUUUAGAUUGGUUAAACGAAUUUGAACCUUCGGAACAUAAUCCUAAAAUAGAACUUAAUCUUUUAUUACACGGUGCUAUACGAGAACGAACAUUAAAACAUUUAGCACUGUCUAAAGGUAUUCAUUUUAGUAAUAAUGAACAAAUUAUUGCUGAGAUUUUUCAACAUGAUCAUUGUCUAUUACAACGAAUAUUUCAAGAACUUAUAAAUGAUCAACGACAACAACGUAUUAUUUAUACGGAAAUUCUUUUUCGACCCGAUAUAUUCAAUUUUGAAAAUAAAAUUUCAAAUAUAAAAUUGAAAGAUGUUAUAGAAGUUAUCGUUGAUUGUAUUCGUUUCUUUACAUCUACUAAUCAUGUUAAUGAUGAAAUAAAUACUUUAACAGAAUCAAAUACAAUCUUAAAUAAAACAACAAUGACAUCUUUUUUACCAUAUAACAUUAAACUUUUACCAAUUCAUAUAAAAAUUAUUCUUAGUUGUAAUUGGAAUAAUGUAAAAAGUUUGAAUCAAUUCAUUUGCUUUGCUCGUAAUUAUCCCAAUGAAAUUAUUGGUAUUGAUUUUUAUGGUGAAGAACAUGAUUGUCGAAAAUAUUGGCAUAAUUUUUAUAAAUAUACAAAAAUUUUACGUUAUUAUCAUAUACAAUAUCAAGCAAGCAUGAAUAAUUAUAAAGAUCUACAAUUAAUUGAGGAUGUUAUUAAAGGUUUAAAUAUCGAAAGAUUAUGUGAAGCAUAUGAAAUAAUUUUAUCAUCAAAACAUAUGGAAAAUAUUUUCAUAAAACAUGGUAUUCAUCUUAUCUUAUGUCCAACAUCGAAUACUUACGCAAUUGCUAAUUCUCAAGUUAAUAAUAUUUUAUCAAAUAUUGGAAAAAAACGAAAAUAUCACUCAACAAGCUCAUUAAAUAGUUUGGAUAACGAAAAAGAUUCUAAUGAGAUAAAAUCAUUUAAUUUAAUGAAUUAUUUACAAUCCGAAUUAAUUAAUUAUUCAAUUACAUCAUUUUCUCCAUUGCAAUACAAACAGAGUUUAUCAUUUAUUUAUAAAAAUCUUCUUGAAAAAAAUAAUUUUUUUUUCACUUGUGAACAUAUGCAAUAUUUAAAUGAAAAUGCCCUUAAAUCAAGUUUUGCUUCACAAAAAUUAAAAACUGAAUUAAUUAAUUAUAUACGUGAAAAUUAUACAAAUUGUUAUCAACAAACAAUUUUUCUUGAACAAUUUCAACAAAUAACAAAUAAAUGGCAACAAGAUAUGAAUAAUAUUAUUGAUAAAAAUGCUCAAAUAGCUUUGGAAUUUGCUAUGAAAAUGCAUCAAGAAAAAAUACAUAAACGUCAAAUUCAUCAACAAGAAAUUCAAACAAAAUUAUUCGAAGAAGAAGAAGAUGAUAUUGAUAAUGAUAACCAACUAGAAUAA